AUUUUUAGCAGCUUUACGCACGCACGCACCAACCUGAGAGCUCCUCUUCCAUUUCAGCGCAGUUCACUUUGGAUCAUUAAAGAAAGCCAAGCCAUGGCAGUCAUGAUAAGAAAUGAGGUUUUCUCCUGUUUUGUUUUCUACGGAGUGCUUCUGGUGAUCAAAAUGUACGUGAUAGCGAUAAUAACGGGACAAGUAAGGCUGCGCAAAAAGGCAUUUGCCAACCCUGAGGACGCACUGAGACACGGAGGUUUACAGUUCCACAGAGAGGAUCCCGACGUGGAAAGAUGCCGGAGAGCUCAUUUUAACGACAUGGAGAACAUCCUCCCCUUCCUCUUCCUGGGUGCUAUCUACUCCAUGACUGGACCCUCACUGGCUGUGGCCCGCCUUCACUUCCUUGUCUUCUUCAUGGGUCGUGUGCUGCACAGCAUCGCCUACCUGUUGGCCCUGCGAGCACCGACUCGCUCUCUGGCCUACAUUGUCGCACAGGUACCUUGUUUCUCUAUGGCUCUGCAGAUCCUCACGGUGGUCGCAGCAUAUGCCUGAAUAUCCACAAAGAGAGAACUAGAGGUGUUGUUCUGGCUGGAAAGAUGGCAGUUACGAUCCGUGACCUGGGUCAGAGAAAGCAGGAGGAGGAUACCGGAGAGGCCUCCUGGGAGGGAGAACAUAAAAGACAAGAAUGUCAGUGAGAGUGCAAUACAAGGUGUGUGAUUACACCACAGCCUGGUUUUGAGAGACUUUGUUAGUAUUGUUAUCGUCCUAUUUACAUCUCUGAAAUGUGAGAAUGUCUUAAAAGUUAUUUGAAGUUGU